GGACCUCUGCUGAGGACUGGCUCCUCUCUGGGGCCUCCCAGGGAGAAAGAGGAGGAGCUCCCCAACCCCAGCUUAAUGGAACACCCCCACCCUCAGGCUCCUUCCCUGCCCCUUUAUCUGCCAGAAGGCCCUGUGGGCCGCCACUGAACAGUCUAGAGGGUUUCCCAUCAAGCCUCUGACCCAUCUCCCCCUCUUCCCUCGGCCUUUUAAAGUUCCAUCACUUGCCCUUCAGCCUUCUCGGCUAACAAACUGCCGUGAGUGCCCGCAGAUGUGGCAUGCCCUGUUCUAAGCCCGGGGUCCAGUGGGUUCUCUGCUGGUCCAGUUGUCCCCAACUAGAGUCUUGUCCCCGGCGUCUGUCUCGGCAGCAUCCCUCCCUCCCGCCUCUGGGAACAGGAGGAGCCCUGAGUGUCUCCCACGGUUUAGCCUCUCAGUGCCCAGCUCAAGUCUUCCUCCCCCUCGCUUCUCCCCCCCAAAUUUUGGCCGCCCGCCGGGCGACACCACGAGUUAUUUCCCUGCUAUUUCCCGGCCCAGAGCCCUGAACAACUGGUUUCCUCUGGAGCCUGGGAGGAGCGGAGUGGGCAGGGAGCAAACCAGGGCAGCACCAGGGGACCGGAGGGUAGCGGGGUGCUCGGCCAGGGAGAAGCUCGGGGGCGGGGGCAGGGCCAGCUGGGGUGUCCGGACAGCGCGCCCCAAAGGAGGUCAUCGAGAGCACCAGCAGCCGGGGAGAAGGGAGGGUCCACAGACUCCUGGGGUUCGGGCUCCAGGUGCCAGCAUCAUGAGGCCGCUCUUCGCCCUGCUGCUCCUGGGCCUGGCAUCGGGCUCGGCCCCAUUGGACGACAACAAGAUCCCCAGCCUGUGUCCGGGGCACCCCGGCCUUCCGGGCACGCCAGGCCAGCACGGCAGCCAGGGUCUGCCGGGACGCGAUGGCCGCGACGGCCGCGACGGUAUGCCUGGGGCUCCGGGCGAGAAAGGCGAGGAUGGGAGGCCAGGUCUGCCGGGGCCCCGGGGGGAGCCCGGGCCGCGAGGAGAGGCAGGCCCCGUGGGGGCGGCCGGGCCUGCCGGGGAGUGCUCCGUGCCCCCGCGCUCCGCCUUCAGCGCCAAGCGCUCGGAGAGCCGGGUGCCGCCUCCGGCCGACGCGCCCCUGCCCUUCGACCGCGUGCUGGUGAACGAGCAGGGCCAUUACGACGCCACCACCGGCAAGUUCACCUGCCAGGUGCCCGGGCUCUACUACUUUGCCGUCCACGCCACCGUCUACCGGGCCAGCCUGCAGUUUGAUCUGGUCAAGAACGGCGAGUCCAUCGCCUCUUUCUUCCAGUUUUUCGGGGGCUGGCCCAAGCCAGCUUCCCUCUCAGGGGGCGCCAUGGUGAGACUGGAGCCCGAGGACCAGGUGUGGGUGCAGGUGGGCGUGGGGGACUACAUUGGCAUCUAUGCGAGCGUCAAGACAGACAGCACCUUCUCCGGAUUUCUCGUCUACUCCGACUGGCACAGCUCUCCAGUCUUCGCGUAGAGCUCUCUGGCUCUAGAAGAGGGCCCACCACUGACCCCACAUCCGGGAGGGCUGGCCCCCCUGGAAUAUUGUGAAUGACUAGGGAAAUGGAGUGGGGGGGGCCUCAGGCCUGCUGCCAGCAAGAAAUGAAAACAGCAAUUAGCAUGGGGCUGUAUUUCAGCCCAAGACAGGAGCCCGCUGUACUGACAAGUGUGGGUCCCUGGCUGCUCAGAUCCACGACUCCAAGGUGCGGUGCUCUCCUCCUGGUCCUCCCCUUCCUCUUCCAUCCCUCCUGCUCCCAGGGCCGGCCCUUUACUCAGAGACCACUCAAUACAUCUUAAAAAAAAAAAAAAAAAAACGUCCUCCUGGCCUCAGUGUUCCAUUAGUGAAUAAUGGGGAUGCCCUGUUUCUGAUAAUGGUGGUUAGGUGCACAGGCAGAAGGCGGCAUGGAGUCACAGGGCAGAAGACCCAAGACUCAGGCUCGGGAAUGAGGCUGCUCUACAGAGCUGUCGCCGAGUAUGUGGGUCAUGACCAAGAGUACCGCUGGGGUACUCUUGACUGACUGGGGGUGGGUGUACCCUCCUGGUGAGGGGCACUAGCCACCCAGAAAAAGGGGCACACAUUUCUAACUCAAAGAUGCCACACCUGGUGGGGGCUGCCUUCACCAUCCAGACACCUGCCCUGACCCAGCAAGAAACAACCUGGGACUUCCUUCCAUUCACAGCUGCUCUGGCCGCUUGCCUGGUCCCACACCCGCUCCAGAGACUGGAAGGAGCUAAGCCUCCCCUUGCUCGGCUCCCUGUCCAGGGCUGGGGGAAGGAACGGCCAGAGUAAGCAGAGCCUCAAAGCUCCUGGGCGGCUUCACCUCCUGUGCCACCUCCAGAGCCCAGUCCGGCCCUCAACCCAACCAAUAAACCAGGGUCUCCCA